GGAAAGCGGUGGGCUGCUGCGGSGGAGCGGUCCCUCUGUGGGCUACGGCGCCCCGGCUCCGCUUUCUCGCUCGAGAGUCCGGCGGGAGUCGCGCGGAUCACCUUCCCAGACAGGCACCCGAGGCGGCCGCGAUGGAUUUCCCCAGAUCCCUGUGUCCCUCAUUGUUUAUGGCUGGUCCCCUUGGUMUGAACGAUGCCCCUGACCUGUCCUUCAUGUGCAGCUGGAGAGAUGCUCUGACGCUGCCAGAGUCCCAGCCCCACGAUGCCAAGAAUGCCAUCCCUCGCCUGGCCAAGGACCUGCUCUGGGAGCCGUUGGCACCUGGGCCUCUGCCCCUGAUGCCUCCUGGUCCUGACCCCUGGGACCCUGGUGUGACUGCCCAGGACCUCCUUUUCCGAGGAGGUCGCCACUACCGGAGGCAGCCCCAGGUUGUACUGGAUGUGACUGAACAGCUCAGCCGAUUCCUGUGGGAUCAUGGGGACAUAGCCUUUGCACCCCUGGGGAAGCUGAUGCUGGAGAAUUUCAAACUGGAGGGUACCYGUAGCCGCUCCAGGAAGAUGACAGUGGUCACUGUGAAGAGGCUGCUCCAAGACCUUGGUGGACACCAGCCCUGGGGGUGUCCCUGGGCAUGGAUCAGCCACCGGCAGCGUCGCUUCUCCAUCCUCGGGGGCCCAGUGCUUAACAAGUCGGUGUCCAGCCUCCUGGGYAAGCUGCUGCAUGAGGAGCUGGCCCUGCGCUGGGAGCAGCUGCUCUUAGACGAUGCCUUCACUGGGGGUGCCUUGGCCUGGGUGCCCGGAAGGACAGCCCGGGUGGGCCAGCUGGUCUACCCUACAGGAGGUGCCCUGGACAAGCUGUGUUUCCAGGAGGUCAGUCUGACCUCAGGAGGCAAUCCUCGGGUCUUUGGGGACCCUGGGUACAUCCAGCUGCGCGGACCUGUCCGGCAGGUGGCGACCUGCACCGUCCAGGGAGAAACUCUGCUGGCCGUCCGCUCUGAUUACCACUGUGCCAUGUGGAAGGUCAGCAGGCAGGGGCCGCCAGCCCCGCUGCAGACGCUGCAGGUCGAGAAGGGGGCCACGGGGAUCAGUCUCAGCCCGCACCUGCCCGGGGAGCUGGCCGUCUGCAGCCGUUCUGGAGCCGUCUGUAUGUGGACCCCUCAGGAUGGGCUGCAGCAAGUCUACAAAGACCCUGAGACCCUUGUGUUCCGGGACCCUUCUCCCUGGCGCUGGGCAGACUUCACCGCCCACCCUCGGGUGCUGACAGUGGGUGACCGCACUGGAGUGAAGAUAGUUGACACUCAGGGCCCRCCAGGCUGUGGACUGCUGCUUUUCCGUGGAGGGGCAGAGGCCUCCUGUCAGAAAGGAGAACGUGUCCUGGUCACCCACUAUCUGGGGCAGGCCAGCUCUGACUGCCUCCCUCCCACCCUCCAUCUCGUCUGUACCCAGUUCUCGCUCUACCUGAUGGACGAGCGCCUCCCCCUCGUGCCCGUGCUGAAGUGGGACCACGGCCUCCCUUCUCCGCCCCUGCUCAUCCGCCUGCUGCCUCMCCCCGGCCCUGGCUUGCCACAGCCCUUGCUCCUGGGAGGCCAGGGGGGGCAGCUUCAGCUGCUGCACCUCACAGGAGCGGGGUCCUCCACACCCCGGCUGGCAGGGCCCCCCCAGUCUCUUCCCUCCAGGACCGAUUCCCUCUCCGCAUUUCCUCUUCUGGAACCCAAGAGCCAGGGGCAGUUGCAGGAGCGUCUGGAAGCACCAACCAUAGGUCUGGCCGCCACUGUCGCGCACUGUGCCUCUGCACCAGUCCUGUCCGUCUUCCAGCUCUCCAAGGCKGGGGACGUCUUCUCCCAGCCUYUCCGCCUCCACAGAGACMCSGAGCCUCCCAGCGACCCGGAGCCUGGGCCCGCCUGCCCUGCACCCAAGGCCACGGCAUCRCCCCAGGACCCACCUCCCAAGCCUCUCGCACCUUCCUGGAGCCCCCAGGCCAUCGCCCGCUGCAGCCRCUGGCUAGAGGCCCUGCUGGAGGUGCCCCCUGCCCCGGCUGUGUGGGCUGCACCCACCUUCUCCCACCGCCGGCUGCUGGGCCGCAUGGAGCCGCAGAAGGAUGCAGGGAGAGUGCCACAGGGACUCCGGGCGGCCAUGGCUGAAGGGCGGCUCCUGCAGCAGAGCGACCUGGGCGCGCUGCCCCGGGCAGAGCCGCCCCCCGCGCCCGAAUCAGGCCCACAGGAUGAGCUUACCCAGCGCUUGGGGGCAGCCUGGGAAGGCCAMGGGGCUGCCUGGUGGGAGAGGCGGCAGUUCAGGGCCUUGGAGCCUGAGGGCCGGGCCAGGCGGCCCAAACGCCGGUCUCAGCUGUCCAGCACCUUCUCCUCGCUCACCAGCGGUUUAGAUCUCCCAGAGGCCAGCAGCCCUCCUCACAGCCCAAACCAGGCGUCCUCAGAGACUAGGCCUCACUCUACAGGGACACUGCACUCCCAGGAGUUGAGUCAGGAGCCAUGGACCCAGGGCAUCCCCUUGGAGCGGCGGCAAACCCUCCGGGACUACAUGGCCAAACUGCCACUUCAAAAUGACACUCAAGGACAUAGCCCAAUACCCCCCACCCAGGCCCCCAGUGCCCAGCCCACCCCCUCCCAGCAGCACACCCCUGUCCUCUCCGGCUCUCGGCCCCCCAGGAAGAAGGCACGCAUGGGCUUCUGAGGCACUGGUGAGGCUCCUUCUUGUGCCCAGCUGUCCCCAUCAGGGAAGUUCAGGAGGUGGAAAUGCACCAUGGACAGAAAAGUGCUCCGGGUAAUUACAUCAGUGUGGUUACCACCAUGAGCAAUAAACACAUGCAGGAAAGCCCCUCGGCUGGUGAUGGCUGGUGAUUAAACCUCAAAGGAAACCGAGCAGGAACCACCACUAGCUGCGCWUCCUUCAGCAAGGAGGCCACCUGGGUGCCAGUGCUUCAGCACGAGCACACCUGGCUUUCGGGGGACAGACUUGUGCUGUGUCAAUGGCAGGCACAAACACGGGAAUUUCUGACUGUGGAGAAGUGUGUACUGACAACCUUGUCCUGGACUUCCAGAGAUGCGCCUGUGUCCUCCACGUCUUCCAGGUCCGGCAGGUCCUGAAAGAGCCAAGAGCUGCACAUCACCAGGGAGGCCCACGCUCCCAGCAUCCCAAAGGCAAGACAGAUGCAGACAGAGUGCAAGUGAAGCCUUGCUUCCGAGCAAGCCAAGGAAUGGUCUCUCAAAGCCAAGACCAGGCGCCCAGGUCUCWUCACAAAAGUCCACUUUGCACAUGGCCACUUAAACGGACAUUUAAAGAAUGUCCCCACCUUCUCAGGAAACAAUGGAACCCAAGUCGAAAGUACCUCUGUAGAAAUUAGUCCUUGGGCCCUGUGUGGCACACAAGUCCCUCCCUUAAACUGGUGAGUGCAUGUGUCUGUGUGUGUCUUCAUCACAGCACCCACCUGUGUGCGGGGGAGGGGGCAGAGUGUGUGGGACCACGCAGGAACUCGAGAACAUACUGCCUGGGUUAGUGUUCCCACGCCACAUUGCCUAGCUGUGUGGCUUUGGGAAAGUGGCUUAACCUCUCAUUUCUCAAUUUCCUCAUCUGUAAAUUUGGGAUGAUG